UUCCACGUUUUCCAAACAAAGCCUAUUAGUCUCACGUCUCAAGCCCUCUGUCUCGGCACUCAUUUCACAAAGUACUCUCUCUCUCUCUCAUGGCGGCCCUGAGAAAAAUCCCCAGGCAUAUUUUUGGCCAACUCUCACAGCAAAGCACUCUUGUUCCUCCGCCCUCUCUCUUCAUUUUCCGCAGAGGUAUCGCUUCCAAGCUUUUUGUCAAAGGACUAUCUUUUUACACUACAGAGAAGGGACUAUUAGAUGCAUUUUCCCAAUAUGGUCAAGUUGUUGAAGCUAAAGUUGUAAUGGAUAGAGUAUCAGACCGUUCAAAAGGCUUUGGUUUUGUGACCUUCGCAUCCAAAGAUGAAGCUGAGAAAGCCAAAAUGGAAAUGGAUGGAAAGGCACUGAAUGGACGUGUUCUUUUUGUGGACUACGCAAAGCCUCGAAGAUAUGAUGAUAGUGGGAUGCCGAUAGCAAGAGGUCCUCCGGAGCCAACCACAGACCUUUAAUUAUUCCUUCGAAGAUAUGAUUCUACUCAAAUGGUACAAGCAGAAGGUAUCAAAUACCAGUUCAAUUAGUUGCACUUUCUUAUCAUUGUUGCAAAUGCUCAAUGCUGAAUCGUCGUGAUUUCAGAUUUUUGCCACUGAAAUAUGGCAUAAUAAGCUUGUGCAACUUUGUGAAGCUCCGACAUUUUGGGCUAUCACAGGAGCAGUUUAUAGCUUAUGUUAUUCCUUGUAUUGGUUAUUAGAGAUAAACUGAAAAGGUGUAUAUAUUUAAUCCGGAUACAAGAUUCUGCUUUUGUAAAAAGUUACUCCUA